CUUAGUAACGGCCGGGCUGGGGAGCAAUAGCGCAUGCGCGGCGUCUGGAUGCACAAUGCUCCUGCACGGUGCAUGUCAAUAAACCGUAUCCAAGGGGCGACCCCUGCAAUCAAGACCCGGAAACUGUGCUCCCGGACCGACAGACACUGGCUGCCCGUCAGCUAAUAGAACACUCCCUGCAUUCUGCUUCAUCUCCCAUUAUAUGACACUCUGCAGUCCAUAUGUUGCACAUAUAGAGUCCCAGUGUGUGCAUAAACCAGGAGUUAUUUUUUAAAGCAGGAAAUAAGUGUAUCAUAUCACAGAAGUAAUGUCUCACACGUUCUACAACAAGAUGUGGGUGGAAGCCCAACAAGAUCUGAGCCAUCUGCUUCAGCAGGAGAUGCCACUUGUGCCACCUAAACCUGAGAAGGAUCGCAUGGCAGCUGCCCAGCAGCUUGGGACCUUUUAUAUCAGAUACUUGCAGAUCUUCCACAACCUGGAGUUAGCUUAUGAUCAGAUAACACAUCCUCAAAAGAGACGGGUGAUCAGGCUGGUUCUGGAUGGAGUAAUGGGGCGGAUAUUGGAGUUGAAGAAUGAGCUAGUGGAGCUGGAGAUCUCUGAAUUUCAGUAUUUCGAUGACAUCUUGCAAGAUCUGAAGAUGGGACCUGAGAGCCUGGAGAUUCCUAUUCCAAGGUACUUCGUCAAGGAAAAAAUGAAAGUGCUGAAGGACCGUGAGCGAAUCCUAUCCCAGAUUUUGGAGCGCAUUGGCGCCAAGGACCCAGAAACGGUAAAGCCUCUGAAACUGAUGGGCCUUGAUGAAGCAGUACGUGUGAUCCAGGUGUCCGAGAGGGCCAGACAGGGGCGUCUGAGAGCCAAGUUCAUGAGGGAGAUCCACUUAGAAGAGAAGAGAGAGAGAAUGGCCAAAAUCCAGGGGGAGAAUGCCCUGGAUCCCGAAUUAGCUGCACAGCGUAUCCAGAAGGUCUGGCGAGGCUACAUUCAGAGGAAGAGAACCAGGCAGCAGAGAGAGGAGGAAAUGAUCUUCCUGGGCAUGGUGCCACCGGCGCACUUCAACAGCGUCAGCGUGGCGGAGAUCAUCACUAAGAAAACAGAGUCCCUGCGAUCCGCACUACAGGAGCAGUACGAGGCUGACUACCAACACGCCCUGGAGCAGAUAAAGGACACCGUCAGAGAGACAGAGGGAUUAGACAUAAAGGAAACACUGCAAGAUCGCAUCCGGCAAUGGUUCAUCGAGUGCAGACAUACAACAGGAAAAUUCCCUGAGCUGCCCGAUGAAGAGGAUGGUGGAUCCAAGGGUAUCUUUGCCCAGAAGACUCCAGAGCAGGUUGCUGCUGAGCUCGCUGCUAAAGAUGAAGCCAAGGAGAAAAAGACAAAGGGGAAGAAAGAGAAAGGAAAAGGGAAAAAGAAAGAAAAGAAGGAAAAAGAUAAAGCUAAAGGGAAAAAAGGAAAAGGAAAAGAGAAGGAGGAAGAACCAGGCUGGAAAAUGAGCCCCAGCCAAUUCCUGCCUGACAUAGACUGCGCACAGCACACAUAUGAAGGAGUUUGGCAGAAUCGGGAGGAGUCCUGGAAUCUGCACCAGACGCAUGAUUCCGAGCUCAUUAAGGAGGAUAAGAGGAAGGAAGUUGAGGAAGAGAUUAGGAUUCAGGUGGAUGAGCUGAUGAGACAAGAACUCCAGAACCUGAAGCUGGCGGUAGACAGAGACAAAAACAAGAAGAAGAAAGGAAAGAAAGGAGGGAAGAAAAAGAAGAAGGGAAAGAAAAGUGGUAAAAAGAAGAAAAAGAAGGAGAAAGACCUAACCCCAGACAGGACCAUUGAUUCUCUGUACGAGGAGCUGGUCACAGAAGGUCUUCUCAUCAAACCAAAGCCUGUGAAGAUGUCAGAUUUUAUAGGGGAAUACAGUUAUUUGGGGACCACCCUGCGCCAGGCUGACAUAGAACCAAUGCCAUCUCUCAGUGAUGUCAAACAGCUUCUGGUCCUGUAUGGUGUCCUGCCAUUAGGUUGCGAGUCAGUACAUGAGAAGGCCCCGUCGGUGAAAGCCCUUCUCCUGGCAGGUCCAGCCGGUGUGGGCAAGAAGAUGUUGGUAAAUGCAAUCUGCAAUGAGACUGGAGCAAACCUGUUUAACCUCUCUCCAUCUAACAUUGCUGGCAAGUACCCGGGCAGGAGUGGCCUGCAGAUGAUGCUGCAUAUGGUGCUUAAGGUGGCCCGCCAGGUGCAGCCGUCAGUCAUCUGGAUUGAAGAUGCUGAGAAAACUUUCUGUAAGAAGGUGCCAAAGACAGACAAACAGUUAGAUCCCAAACGUUUGAAAAAGGAUUUACCGAAACUCCUGAAAUCCAUAAAGUCAGAGGAUCGCAUCCUAAUUGUGGGCACCAGUCAGCGGCCGUUCGAUGCAGAGGUCAAACCAUUCUGUAAGAUAUACAAGAAGAUCAUCCUGGUCCCUAGGCCGGACUAUGCAGCACGCCUGGUCCUGUGGAAGAGACUGAUCGCCCAGCAAGUAGACAAUGCUACAGCCCUGAACUUCAGCGCCCUGGCUAAGAUUACGGAUGGCUUCACCCCUGGCCACAUGGUGCAGGCAGUGGACGUGGUACUGAACGAUAGAAGGAUAAGGCAGCUUCCUCGCAAACCGUUGGCAGCCUCAGAAUUCCUAGGCUCACUGUCCAGGCAGGAGCCAGUGUACAAAGAGGAGGAGGAGGCUUUCAAGACCUGGUACUCCAAGACGCCGCUUGGUAAGAAGAGGAGCAAAGCAAUGAGUGGUGGAGAGGAGGAGACUGGGAAGGAGAAAGGGAAGAAGAAAGGAGCGAAGAAAGGAAAGAAGAAAUAGAGUCUAGUUUUGCUGUCUGUUACCUAAGAAUGAAUGUUGUAUUGUGUUAGUGUGGGGAGACGCAGUUCCAAAGGGGUGCUGCAUUAUACAUCCAAACCUAUGUUAUUGUAUGUGGUUGCAAUCAGACAAUGAACCCUGCAGAUUACAGUAUGUGUAGUUACCGGUAGUACAGCGCGGUGCCGCGCCACUGACUACCAGCCACAACUUGCCCAGAAGCGCCAUUGUGUGACAUUAUAUUCAGCAUCCUGGAGAUAAUAAAUAGAAAUGCUGGUU